AUGUUCCGCUGCCGUGUGCCUCGUUUACCGAAUGCAAAUGGCUAUGAAGUAAUAAGUAUGGAUUUGGACAAAGUUAGAUGAUGUCUGACGCCGUGGAGAAAGCAUUUGCAGCAAUCCCUGGACUUAUUAGUGGGGGCUUGACGACGAUCACUGCAGGCUCCCCAAUCCAUGUCCAGGGCUUUCCAUCGUUUGUACACAAAGUCUGUUCAUUGACCUCAAAAUAUGAAGAAGAACAAGUUGUGAAAAGGGAACUUACUUUAGUCAAACAACGAUUAGCACAACCAAAUAUUACACAGGCUCAGCAAGCAGAUUGUCUGGUUCGCCUCCUGUUUGCUCAUGUCUUAGGCUAUGAUGUCUCUUUCGGGUAUAUUAGUGCAGUGAAAUUGGCACAGCAGGGAACUCUUGCUUAUAAAAGAAUGGGUUACUUAGCUUGCACAUUAUUCCUUCAUGAAAACCAUGAGUUGGUGCUGCUACUCAUCAAUACAAUCCAAAAGGAUAUCAACAGCAGUAACAUCAUGGAUGUUUGCAUGGCAUUGACAGCCACAUGUUCAUUGGUGAAUACAGAGAUGAUACCUGCUAUACUUCCCUUUGUACAAGAAAAAUUAAAGCAUCAGAAAGAGAUUAUUCGCAAGAAGGCAGUCCUUUGCCUGUUCAAGUUUCACAGGAUGGCCCCCAAUUCUGUUCAACAUAUCCACCACAGUUUUAAGGAGGCGCUAUGUGACAAAGACCCUGGAGUCAUGUGGUCUGCCCUUCACAUAUAUCAUGACCUCAUUAAGCACAGUCCCAGUGAGUAUCAGGACAUCACUCAGAGCCUGGUCUCCAUUUUACAGCAAGUAGUGAGCAGAAAACUUCCAGCAGACUAUGAAUAUCACCAUGUUCCUGCUCCAUGGCUGCAGAUUAAACUCCUACAGGUGCUAGCUUUACUGGGAAAAGACCAACAAAAGAUAAGCAGGGUGAUACAUCCAGUCCUUGCAGAAGUGCUACAAAGAAGUGAAUCUAAUCAAAACAUCACGUUUGGUGUGGUAUAUGAAUGUAUAUUAACAAUAACCAGCAUAAGUCCAGAUACCAGGCUGCUAGAGUAUGCUGCAAAAUGCACUGGGAAGUUCCUGAGGUCAAAGGCCAAUAAUCUGAGGUACUUAGGCAUAAAAGCACUGACCAAAGUAAUCCAGGUCGCCCCACAACAUGCCCUGGACCAUCAGAUGACAGUGAUAGAGUGUCUUGAAGAUCCUGAUCAUACCAUCAGAGCCAAGACUUUAGAACUUCUGUACAGGAUGUGCAACUCUGUAAAUGUAAAAGUCAUUUGUGACAAACUCCUCGAGUAUAUGGAAAAAGACACAGAGAAGUCUAUCAAGGGGGAUAUAGCAAAUGCUUCACUAAGAGGAGAAGAUUCAGUCCUUCUGUUUGCAGUACAAACCUACUGGGAACUCCUGCAGAGAAAGGAUGUGCCAAAUAAGCUGAUACAAAUCGGUGCUUGG